AUGAACGUCCGCGACCCUUUUAAUCUUCAUCGCUCUCCCGCCUUUAGCAUUCUCCGAGUCUCCGCAACCCGAGCAGCCGCAACUGUCACGCAGAGAGUCGUCGACGCUGGCGCUCAAGCUAUCGAAUCUGGCAAGCAAGUCGUCGAGGACAUGUCAGCCUUUUCGAUACCCAAGAAUGUACCUUCUUUUACGAACCCGCAACGCGAAUUAGAAAAUAGGGUUUGGGGAGCUUCAGGAGUGACGGCACGGUCAGGGGGAUCACAUUCGCAUGGCGGUUUAAUGGGCGGCGUACAAGACCGGGUAGGAGGGUUUUUUGAAAGGGAUAGAGGCGAUCUACCAAUGUACAAGGACAAACCAUACUCGUAUGCAGCCUCACGAAGGCAUCGGCCGAUCUGGAAGCGGAAGAGGACAAUGGGGCUCGUUGGGCUCUUAAUAUUGAGUGCUCUUUACCUUUUUGGAUUUUUCGGCGGAGAUACCCCUACAUCUAAGAGGGCUACGAGUACAUGGAACUGGCUGCACAAACCAGAGGAAGGCUCCAACGUCGACUGGCUGGAUCGGCGAGAGCGUGUCAAGGAGGCCUUUAUGUUAAGCUGGGAUGCAUAUGAACGUUAUGGCUGGGGAUACGAUGAAUACCACCCCGUUACAAAGCAUGGAAAACAGAUGACUCCGAAAGGCAUGGGUUGGAUCAUUGUGGAUGCUUUAGACACGAUGAUGUUGAUGAAUUUGACGUCAAGAUUGACGCAUGCUAGAGAAUGGAUAUCCAACACUCUUGAUUACAAUCAGGAUCAGGAAGUGAACACAUUUGAGACAACCAUUCGAAUGCUCGGAGGGCUGCUGUCAGCUCAUUAUCUGUCAACCGAGUUCCCGGAUAUGGCGCCUAUAGCAGAUGAUGAUGAAGGAGCGGCUGGCGAGGAUCUUUACCUCGAAAAGGCAAAAGACCUGGCCGACCGCUUAAUUGGGGCCUUCGACUCUCCUUCGGGCGUGCCGUACGCGAGCGUGAAUUUGAAAACUAAUGAAGGUGUUGUAUCGCAUGAUGAUGGUGGUGCAUCUUCAACAGCGGAAGCGGCCACGCUGCAACUCGAGCUGAAGUAUCUCUCCAAACUCACUGGUGAGACAAUGUACUGGGAAAAGGCGGAGCACGUUAUCAAGGUGAUCGAUGACAAUGGUAGGGAAGAUGGACUUGUUCCAAUUUAUAUAUACGCUCAGGAUGGCAAAUUUCGGGGAGAAAACAUCAGACUUGGCAGCAGAGGAGAUUCGUAUUACGAAUAUCUCAUCAAGCAGUAUCUCCAAACGUCGAAAGAGGAACCGAUCUAUGAGGAGCUAUGGGACGAAGCAUUGGCGGGUGUUCGAAAACACUUAAUCACGUAUUCGAAACCUUCCCAAUUCACAGUUCUUGCAGAGCGCCCGAGUGGUUUAGGCAUGCCUAUGUCUCCCAAGAUGGACCAUCUUGUGUGCUUUAUGCCCGGGUCCAUCGCGCUAGGUGCCACUGGCGGCCUUACUGAAAAAGAAGCUAGGAAACUUCCGACCUGGAACAAGAGGAAGGAUGAAGAGAUGCAACUCGCUUCUGAAUUGACGCAUACUUGUUGGGGGAUGUACAAAGCUAUGGCUACAGGGCUCGCUCCGGAAAUUGCCCAUUUCCAAAUUGACGACCCGCCUCUCCCUGUCUCCGCCCCACACAAAGCACCGACCACACUUAGUGAUGAAGAUCCAAGCUGGAAGGAGGACUUUGUGAUCAAACCCAACGAUAACCACAACCUCCAACGGCCGGAAACGGUCGAGAGCCUGUUCUAUAUGUGGAGAAUAACCGGCGAUGUAAAGUACAGGGAGUGGGGAUGGGAAAUGUUCAAGUCAUUUGUCAACUACACUGCUGUUGACGAAGGCGGAGGUUUCUCGAGCUUGUCGGAUGCCAAUACUAUCCCUCCGACGAUGAGGGACAACAUGGAAAGCUUCUGGCUCGCCGAGACCCUGAAAUACUUCUACCUGUUGUUCUCGCCUGACGACCUAAUCCCUCUUGACAAGGUUGUCAUUAAUACAGAAGCUCAUAUCUUCCCACGGUUCAAGCUUGGGCCAUUGUUUAAAACGGGCUGGGAGAGGAAACCCCGAGGACCAGACGGCAAGAUAUUGGCAGAUCAACCUGUGAAGCAGGUGACCCGCUCGGUCGGGGUUCGCGCAGCUGAGGAAGUGAAGACUGCGGGAGUGUCAUAA